AUGAGUAGAUUUUUCGGAGAUAGUGUUGAGGUAGAGGAUUUGAUUGAAUGGGAAAAUUAUAUUCUCUCUCGUUACACAACUCAAUUAUGUCGUGCUGGCAUUUUGGGAGGUAUUGUAGCUUCACGUGGGAAAUACAAUAAAAAUAUUAAUAUCAUUAAGGCAUUGGUAGAGCUAUGGUGUUCAGAAACAAAUACUUUUCAUCUUCCAUAUGGUGAGGUUGGGAUUUCUUUAUGGGAAAUUAGGGGGCUUAGUGGGCUUCCAAUUAUUGGUGACAUGUAUGAUGAGUAUAUCCUACCAAAUUCUGAACUUUAUAACAAAAACAAUUAUCCCAAUUGUGUUAGGGAGCUUUUUGAUAUUUAUGAAUGGCUUAUAGCUCGAUCUUCUAAUAAGCGUGUACGGUAUGACUUAUGGGUGAAUUUCUUUUACACAAGCUGUAAGAAGUUGAGUCGAUCUAAAUCUCGAAAUAUAAGCAACAGAGAGCUCGCUCCCUCAUAUACAGAAGAUACAACUCGAGCGACCUACAUUUCCUUAUGGCUAUGCAAUUUUGUAAUGCCUUCUUGGUUAGAUCAUUUUAUCAGGCCGGAAACAUUUAUUAUGGCUUCUAAGCUAGCGUUAGGUGAGAGGGUUGCCUUAGCCCCUGCUAUUCUUUGUGCCAUUCACGCCGGCUUGUCUUUCAUGAGUGACCAUCCCGAAGGUCCUGCGCAUCCUGGGCCUCAAUUCCCUGUUAGUUUUCUAUAUACGUGGAUUGGUCUUCAUUUUGAACAGACUUAUUCUAGGAAGGUGAUCAGCGAUAAUAUCAAAAACAUCGCCGGCUUACAAAGCCAUCCUCAAAUGAUACUUUUUAUGGAUGCGGCAGCUUCUCCUUUUAAUGCUAAGCGAGCACGAAUUCAUCUCAGAUCAAGCUCCCAUUUUGUGUGGCGUCCCUUGCCAUAUUCUUAUUCUUUUGUUAAUGAUGGUUGGCUUUAUGAUGCAAAAUUGACUACAGGAGAGUGUAAAUAUCCAAAAGAGGUCUAUGAAUAUAUAAUUUCUAUCAGACAGAGUGUGCUUCCACUUCGUUUGGGGAACAAACUGCACACACAGCCAUAUAAUCCUCAUCGUUUUGCUCGACAAUUUGGCUUUGAUCAAUCUUUUCCUGAAAGUAUCAAUGUUCCUAAACUAGCCAAUCAUCUUGGGACACUUGCUGGGUGUUGGAAUCAUUUUCUGCGAUAUGGAACUUCUACUAACUAUUUUAUACCAAAGGAAGAUCGGAUUGGCAAACCGACUUUACAUUAUACGCGUUGGUGGUCUAAUAGCGUGCAUUCGAGCUUCAAGCAUGGAGUGGGCUAUUUACUAAAUGCAGAUGAUCCCCGCAAGAAGAAGAAAAAAAGUGUUAUGAAAAAUUCAACUUUUGAGGGAAGAUUGAAUUCCUCAAAUGUUAUAAACGAAAGAGUACUAAAUUCUCCAGAACCAGAGGGAAAGCAACUUGACUUAUUUCCAGAAUAUGAUCAUAUUCAAGCUGGUCCUUCCGAUGACUCUUCUCAAUUUGAAGUUAUUGGCCUCAGUUUUCCAAUUCACGAAGAUGAUAGAUAUAAGAAAUCUAAGGAAGUGCUCAUUAUGGAUUCACCCACCGGAGAAUCACAAAUCGGAAAGAGUGGGUCUAUUGAGGAUGAUAUAUCUCCGUAUGAUGAUGAAUUGGUUUCAAAACCUUCGCCGCCAAAGGAUCCACUCACAGAUGUUGCAGAUAUUGGAGUGUCAUCUUUCAGUGAAGCUUGCGCGACUCAUCAUGAGGAUGAGGGUGCUAAAAAAGAUGAUGACAGUAUAGUAGAGAAAAGCAAAAAUGAAGCUAUAACAGAAUCGCCUUCACUGGGUAAAAGAGAACGAGUUAUUGAUAUUUCGACUAUAGAGAUUUUCUGGUAG